CUCAUCCUCAAACUGGACGGUCUCCCCGGAACUCCCACAGCCGUAGCGGCUGUCAACGUUUUAACAUUGGGUUUCGGUCCAAUACUAUGGAAAAAGACGGAUGGAAAUACUGAUGACAGUCCGAAAGAUCGCCUCGAUUUGUACGAUGGGCGCCAAUGCCUCCGCUUUGGAGAAGGAGAUUGGACCAGAACAGUUUCCCGUUAAUGAACACUACUUUGGAUUGGUCAACUUUGGGAACACCUGCUACUGUAACUCGGUGCUGCAGGCCCUCUACUUCUGCCGUCCGUUCAGGGAGAAGGUCUUGGCCUACAAGGUCCAGCCCAGACGUAAAGAGUCACUGCUCACCUGUCUUUCUGACCUCUUCAACAGCAUCGCCACGCAGAAGAAGAAGGUGGGAGUCAUCCCUCCCAAGAAGUUCAUCUCACGUCUGAGGAAAGAAAAUGAGCUGUUUGACAACUACAUGCAACAGGAUGCCCACGAGUUCCUCAACUACCUCCUCAACACUAUCGCUGACCUGCUGCAGGAGGAGGAGAAGAGCCAGGAGAGACAGCAGAAUGGAAAACUGUUACAGAACGGAGGAGGAGGAGGAGGAGUUGGGGGCAGCAGUGGGACGGGAGGAGGACAGGGUGAGGAGGGGGAGAAGACACAGCAGACCUGGGUCCACGAGAUCUUCCAGGGAACCCUAACAAACGAGACACGCUGCCUCAACUGUGAAGCUGUGAGCAGUAAAGACGAAGACUUCCUGGACCUGUCUGUAGAUGUUGAGCAGAACACCUCCAUCACACACUGUCUCAGGGGUUUCAGCAACACAGAGACACUAUGUAGUGAAUACAAGUACUACUGUGAACAGUGUCGGAGUAAACAGGAAGCACAGAAAAGGAUGCGUGUGAAGAAGCUGCCUAUGAUCCUGGCCUUACAUCUGAAGAGGUUUAAAUACAUGGACCAGCUGCAGCGCUACACCAAGCUGUCCUAUCGCGUCGUCUUCCCUCUGGAGCUCCGCCUCUUCAACACCUCAGGAGACGCCACCAACCCCGACCGCAUGUACGAUCUGGUCGCCGUGGUCGUCCACUGUGGAAGUGGUCCAAACCGUGGUCAUUACAUCACCAUCGUGAAGAGUCAUGGGUUCUGGCUCCUGUUUGAUGAUGACAUCGUAGAGAAAAUCGACGCCCAGGCGAUCGAGGAGUUCUACGGUCUAACGUCGGACAUUUCCAAGAACUCUGAGUCCGGUUACAUCCUGUUCUAUCAGUCCCGGGACUGAACCAGCCAAUGGGAUUUGGACUCAGCAUAGGGAGGGGCGUGGGCUACCACAGGCCCCGCCCAGCCCACCAUCCGUUAUAAAUAUUCAGGCUUUACAGCAGAGCUUUGCACUGUGGAGCACCAGGAAGACGGAUGGAGGAUCUUCAGCAGACAGGAGCCAACGAUGGCCGAGCAACCCAUCAGUGUGACAGGAUAUGACUUCAUUAGAGAAGAAGAUCAGCGACCAGGGAUUGUUAUGCUUCGUCAUAGUCAUCAUCAUCCUAGUCAAGAUCGUCCUGAUGGUCUUUCUCUCUAUGAUUUGACGGUAGAUUAGAAAAUAUGUUUGCUUGGCUAGCUCGCCGCUUACAUAGCGUGUCGUCAUUACUGGUGUCCUUGUCAUACAUAGUGCCACUUGCAGUGGUGUUAAACAGCAGCUUGGUUGGAUGAAAAGUAGAUCUGCCAUUUCCAGAAUGUUCUCUGUUGUUGUUGGUUUGGAGAGUGGGGUGGAGAGAAGAGUUUGGUCCCUUUUUGCAGCCCAGCAGGCCCGUGUUUAUAUUAUGGUUUGGAUGCCAAAAGCUGCACAAAUAUCUGUUUUUGAAGGGACACGUGUGCUCUCUAGCUCCCCUCUGGCAACAACAGUAAACUACACCACACACACCACACACACACAACAAAACGCCUGCCAACCACAUAUGUAUGUUGUCUGUCUCCUAAUCAAGCAAGUUUCUCCAUUGGUGUCAAUGGCAGUGUUUCAAAUGGCACCCUAUUUAUUUAUCUAGUGCACUCCAAACGUACUGCACUAGAUAUGGAGUAGGUUCUCAUUUAGCUCCUCCACUUCCUGUCACCUGAUCUGAACCUUCCAAUCAGAGCCUGUUGUUUUUUGAAUGCACAAGUUAACCAAACAUAGCUGUUGUUUGGUCAUGUUAAAUAUGUGUUACACUGCCAGUUGGAGUAACUAACUUCACUCUUUAUAGGCUACGUCCCAAUAUCUAUACCAGCACACUGCUAAGUAUGCAUGCCCAAUAUAUUCUAAGUAGUAUGCUAGUGCAGAUUUUGGAACGGAACUGAUUUCUCUCAACAGAGAGCAACAUGGAAUAUGGCCCACUAUUCAUAAAGCUUCUCUGAGUAGGAGUGCUGAUCGAGUAUUGGUUUGGCCAUGUAGAUCGUAACCAAUCAGAUUCUUAUGGACAGGGACCUGAUCCUAGAUCAGAGGUUUUAUGAAUACAGGUCCUGAUCCGUAGCUCUGGACAUGGGAGGUGUUUUAUAUAUUAUAUUAGCUAGGACUAGAGUGGGUCCUGUGUUAAGUUGAAUGUACAGUAAGGAACUGGCUUCUCAUUGGUUGGCCCGUACACAGGUCCUGGGGUCUCAACCUAUCCUGACCAGUAAUAGUUAUAUAUCUGCACCACAAAUGGCACCCUAUUCCCUACAUAGUGCACUAUUUUUUACUUUGGCUUGUAGGGUCUCAUAGGUGCAUUUGGAGUGUGGGAGAGUUAAACUCAUUAACUUAGGCCUACUGUGGACCUAUCUACCUAGUAAACACUAGUACACUCCUCUAGCCUACAGACUACUAUCUACCUAGUAAACACUAGUACACUCCUCUAGCCUACAGACUACUAUCUACCUAGUAAACACUAGUACACUCCUCUAGCCUACAGGCUACUAUCUACCUAGUAAACACUAGUACACUCCUCUAGCCUACAGACUACUAUCUACCUAGUAAACACUAGUACACUCCUCUAGCCUACAGGCUACUAUCUACCUAGUAAACACUAGUACACUCCUCUAGCCUACAGGCUACUAUCUACCUAGUAAACACUAGUACACUCCUCUAGCCUACUGUAGACCUAUCUACCUAGUAAACACUAGUACACUCCUCUAGCCUACUGUAGACCUAUCUACCUAGUAAACACUAGUACACUCCUCUAGCCUACUGUAGACCUAUCUACCUAGUAAACACUAGUACACUCCUCAGAGCCUAUAUGGUUUACUCUCUCUGAGUCACAAAGGAUACCCUAUUUAUUGUGUGUGUGUAUUAAACAGUGGUUUGACCCCUUUCUUUUUCUAUAGGUUAUUGCUGACUGCGAUUGACACACACACACACACACACAUACGGCCAACACACUUGGGUUGAUUUUUGUGUUUGGAGUAAGCGACCUGCGAACACACACACACACACACAGAGCAGGACACAGUACUGAAAAACAGCUUUCUGUAGUGUGUAUUCCAGCCUAGCUUGGAGGGACAUGAAAUGCAGCCUAAUGGUCCGUAAAUACUGUUCGGCUCUAGCCGCUUCAUAUGUUACUGACACACUACACUGUUCUGUAAUGAAUCCUGUUUACUUCCUGGUUCUGUCUCAGUAGUCUAACGGGGCUUCUCCAUCUCCUCUCUGUCUGCAGUGAUGUAUAAACACUGUUCUAUAAUGAAUCCUGUUUUACUUCCUGGUUCUGUCUCAGUAGUCUAACGGGGCUUCUCCAUCUCCUCUCUGUCUGCAGUGAUGUAUAAACACUGUUCUGUAAUGAAUCCUGUUUACUUCCUGGUUCUGUCUCAGUAGUCUAACGGGGCUUCUCCAUCUCCUCUCUGUCUGCAGUGAUGUAUAAACACUGGUCUGUAAUGAAUCCUGUUUUACUUCCUGGUUCUGUCUCAGUAGUCUAACGGGGCUUCUCCAUCUCCUCUCUGUCUGCAGUGAUGUAUAAACACUGGUCUGUAAUGAAUCCUGUUUUACUUCCUGGUUCUGUCUCAGUAGUCUAACGGGGCUUCUCCAUCUCCUCUCUGUCUGCAGUGAUGUAUAAACACUGGUCUGUAAUGAAUCCUGUUUUACUUCCUGGUUCUGUCUCAGUAGUCUAAUGGGGCUUCUCCAUCUCCUCUCUGUCUGCAGUGAUGUAUAAACACUGGUCUGUAAUGAAUCCUGUUUUACUUCCUGGUUCUGUCUCAGUAGUCUAACGGGGCUUCUCCAUCUCCUCUCUGUCUGCAGUGAUGUAUAAACACUGGUCUGUAAUGAAUCCUGUUUUACUUCCUGGUUCUGUCUCAGUAGUCUAACGGGGCUUCUCCAUCUCCUCUCUGUCUGCAGUGAUGUAUAAACACUGGUCUGUAAUGAAUCCUGUUUUACUUCCUGGUUCUGUCUCAGUAGUCUAACGGGGCUUCUCCAUCUCCUCUGUCUGCAGUGAUGUAUACACACUGGUCUGUAAUGAAUCCUGUUUUACUUCCUGGUUCUGUCUCAGUAGUCUAACGGGGCUUCUCCAUCUCCUCUGUCUGCAGUGAUGUAUAAACACUGGUCUGUAAUGAA